AUGGGUGAUCCGAGCUAUCUCCGCCUUGUACCCUCUUCUUCUGCCACCAUUCCCAUCGACUGGACUAAAGUCCCUGAAGCAUCCAAAAAAUUCCUCCUCGAAGGCUGGGGUACCGACUAUUCCGGGACAGAGACAGAUACCGAGUCUGACUCAGACUCCGAGCGAAUCAAAAGACGCCCACUCCCCGGGACCAUCAGCGACCUUGCGAAGAUGUUUGACGAAUCCAAAUUUUUUGGCUACAUGACACCUGAACUUUGCACACUCCUUCUCGACAUCAGCGAGUUUGGGCUCGUCAAACCCCGCCUUACUGAAACUGUAGGUCUUCCAGUAGGCCCGCACUUCUACAUGAAGUAUUUGUCCGAAAUUUGGUUCGUCCUUUUCGUGCCAGGGCAAAGGGAUGGGAUCACCGGCUACAGCCCGGAAAUACCAGACACUGGCAGGAUCAAAUUGCAUUUCUUGUGUUUAUUCAUGCGCCCCUUUGCCAAAUCACAUCCUCAAAUCUCCUUUACUCCAUCGACAGCCCUCAGUGAUUCAUCGUACACGUCGAUUUGUCUGCCUGGGAUUCGAUAUAACCUUCCUGCGUAUGGCGGGCGCUUGUACUCCAAUAUACUAACAAAAACACCAGCUCAAAGGAAAUUGAGUUCCUGUUUUGACCCGAGAGUCGGUGGCAUGAAUAAGGGUGGCUAA